AUGUCCAAGCUACUCACAGUCUUCGGAGCAACAGGCCGCCAGGGCGGUUCUGUAAUCCGCACUGUCCUCGCCGACUCAGCCCUAUCCCAGCAGUUCAAGCUCCGUGGAAUCACCCGCGACGUCUCCAAGCCCGAUGCCCAAGCCCUCGCAGCAAAGGGCGUCGAAGUGAUCAGCGCCGACAUGACCUCCGUCAGCUCGCUGGUCAAGGCCAUCACAGGCUCACACUCCGUUUUCCUCGUGACAACACCCACCUUCACCGAGAACUCCGACCUGGAACUUACCCAGGGCCGGAACGUCGCUGAUGCGGCGAAGAAGGCAGGUGUGCAGCAUCUAAUCUUCUCGUCUCUGCUGAAUGUCACCGAGACGACUGGUGGACGCCUCAAGGACGUCCCGCAUUUUGACCACAAGGCUCAGGUGGAGCAGUAUAUCCGCUCUCUGGGUCUGCCUGCUAGUUUCGUGCUUCCUGGGUACUUCAUGUCGAAUUAUACGUCCAUGGGCAUGAUUCGCAAGGGAGAAGAUGGGGUGUUUAGCCUGGCGUAUCCUGUUGGCGAGGAUGCGCAGUUCCCGCUUGUUGAUAUUGAUGCUGAUCUGGGUAAAUACGUCGGAAUUGCACUCAAGAACCCAUCCAAGACACAGGGUUCUCAGAUUCUUGCUGCAACGGAUUACUACACCCCUACCCGUAUCCUCAAGGAAUUCGAAGAGGUGACCGGACAGAAGACCCGGUUUGUCCGCGUCGACAACGAUACCUACAAGAGCUUUAUGCCGGGAUACCUAGGGCUGGAGAUGCUGGAGAACCAUCUAUUCGUUGAAAACCCGGGUUACUACAACGGCAAGAGUCUAAAGGAGAGCCAGGGUCUUUUGGCAGAUGCCGGGUUCAAGCCGACCACCUGGAAGGACUUUUUGCAGCAGAAUAAGGCUGCUUUUGCUUAG